GCAAGUUUGACAUUCCAUUUUGAACUGACAUCCUAAACGGUUUGGGCCAAUUGAGCAAAUUAAUUAAUCCGUGGGUGUAGUUUAUAGUUUACUUGGCGUUUGGAAAAGGCGAAAGAAUUGUGCUCUACGUUGCUGAUAUCUGUGCCGUGUAAACAUUCAAGUAGCAAAAAAGUGUAUUAGCUAUUAGCCAAGAAUUUGUUGCGUUUGCGAACAUUGGCGGUUGCGGCGGCAGCGGACGUAUGUAGAAAUUUGUUUAUAAUAAAAGUUUUUGAAAAGGAAUUUCAAUUUGCAUUGAUUGUUGGCAUUGUGGUGUGUGCGCGAAAAAAAAAACAGAUUGACCGUCGGUGUAUCAAGAUACAAAACACCAAUUCUAAAGGGUGUGGUUGUUGUGCAGUGGUCGAUUAUCCAAGAGUUGGAAUACAUAUAAUUGAUUAACAAAUUCAUAAAUUUUCAUAUCUACAUAUGCGCUGUGGUUUUUGAUGAAGCAGCAUACGCUGGCAUUCCAGGCAGCGGUGAAUGGCAAACGAAAACGUAUUUAAGAUACUGUGAAUUAAUUUAUGCGAAACGCGAGCGAAAUUAAUUGAAAAAUGUAUGCAAAUUUGGCGAUGUACGGGUUUGGUGGCGGUGAUGGUAGCACGUCCGAUUUUGAUUGGUAUUUCAGGCAUUGACAUUGCCGAUUGGGAAAGGGGAUAACUCCGCGGUAGUGAAACGCUGCGACGACCGUGCUGCUCGAUAAAUAAGGAAGAAGCUCAGAAUAAUACAAAAGAUUAUUUCUUUAUCAUAAACAAAAAGAAAUGCUGUCAACGUUCCAGCGCCUGCUAUGUAGUGCAUGUGUAAAAACAAAAACAAAGAAGCCAGUGCAAAAGUUGCAUUGACGUUGAAAGCAGCGACGCCGACUUCAGUGGUGACAGCGUACUGUUGACAGCGACUGCAUUUUAUUACGAACAGGUGCAUACAAAGAGCAAGACGGUCGCUUUUGUUGGAUGGCCGGCGUAACGAGCUAAAGCAAACAGACGUUGCAGAGACGACAACACCAACCACAAAGUUGACGAAAUGUCCCGGCUUGCUGAUUAUUUUGUUAUUGUCGGCUAUGAUAACGAUAAAGAACGAACUGCUGCUGGUAGCAGCCAAAUGUCAUGCGGCAAGAUCGUGCAGCGUUUCCCGGAAAAGGACUGGCCGGAUACGCCAUUUAUUGAAGGCAUAGAAUGGUUUUGUCAACCACUUGGUUGGGGUUUAUCGUACGAUAAGCAAGAACCGAAAUUUUUCACUUCCGUACUCACUGAUAUCGAUGCCAACAAGCACUAUUGCGCCUGCCUUAGCUUCCACGAAACAUUGGCCAUCACACUUAAUAAAGUCAUCGAUGAGGAGGAUGAAGCGGCGGCAACUGUCGGCGGCAUUGUUGGCUCGAAAUUUCAGCCACCCAUUGCGGGUAGCAGCAGUGGUGGCGGAAGUGGCAGCAAUAGCAUUAUUUCACAUCACAGCGUCAUGUAUGCGCCGAAAUGUCUUGUGCUAAUAUCACGGCUCGAUUAUGCAGAGACUUUCAAGAACUGUCUCGGCACUAUUUACACCGCAUACAUUGAGAAUCUGCCUUACGCGCUGGAGAAUCUUAUUGGCAACAUACUUGGCUGUAUACAGGUGCCACCUGCUGGCGGUCCACAAGUACGUUUUUCCAUAGGCGCUGGCGAUAAGCAAUCGCUUCAGCCACCACAAUCACCAUCGCUGCCAGUAACGGGCACAGCUGUUUACUUUGUUUUUAAGCAGUUAGGUAUUAAGAAUGUACUUAUACUGCUGUGCGCCGUUAUGACGGAAAAUAAAAUUCUAUUUCAUUCGAAAAGCUACUCACAUUUGACUGAAAGCUGUAAAGCACUGGUAUCGCUCAUGUAUCCAUUCAGAUAUACGCACGUUUACAUUCCGAUACUACCAGCACCGCUAACCGAAGUGCUAUCCACUCCCACCCCCUUCAUAAUGGGCAUACACAGUUCACUGGUGAGCGAAAUCACCGAUCUGCUGGAUGUUAUCGUCGUUGACUUAGAUGGUGGUAUGGUAACGAUACCGGAAUCACUCUCACCACCAGUACCCAUACUGCCAUCACCACUUUGGGAGCAGACACAGGACUUGCUGGCAAUGAUAUUAUUUCCCAAUCUAUCACAGGCCGAUUUAGCCUUCCCGUCGCUCGAAAAGCCAACGAACUACCCAAAAUCGGAUGCUAUUAUUGAUAAGGAAUUGCGUGCGAUUUUCAUGCGACUGUUUGCGCAAUUGUUGCAGGGCUAUCGCUCAUGUCUGACCAUAAUACGCAUACAUCCAAAACCGGUGAUUACAUUUCAUAAGGCCGGCUUUCUUGGUGCUCGUGACUUAAUUGAAAGUGAAUUCCUGUUUCGCGUUUUAGACAGCAUGUUCUUCACUACAUUCGUAAAUGAGCGUGGCCCACCGUGGCGUUCUGCAGACGCUUGGGAUGAAUUGUACAGUUCGAUGAAUGAGAUUUUGAAGAGUGAGGCGCAAAAUAAGAGUUUGAUUUCAAUACACAUCCAGGAAUUGGGUAAAACGCUCUACGAAAACGAAUUUCCCAGCCAACAAGUUUACGCACAAAAAGUGCUCCGCCCACCAGACGGUUCCUUCCACCGCAUACAUCAGCCUGCAUUUCCACGCAUUAACAGCGAAAAAGUAGAGCUAAUCAUAAACGAUGGCAUGCGUAAGAAUUGCAUUUCGCAUCGCCUGACAGUGUUGCGUAAUCAAAUGCGCAUCAUACCCAUGGGUCCACGCUUGCCCGAAGUGUUGGAAGUGCGUCCGGCAGUAUUAAAUUCAGCGCGACGACUUGAGGUACUUAAAACUUGUGUUGCUUACAUUUUUGAAAACAAAAUUGCCGACGCGCGAAAGCUCGUACCGGCUGUGAUGCGCACACUCAAGCAUCGUGAUGCACGCCUCAUACUUUGUCGUGAACUAUUCGGCUAUGUGCAUGGUAAUAAGGCAAUACUCGAUCAUCAGCAAUUCGAUUUAGUUAUAAA